GCCUAUCACACAAACACAAACACCAUCAGCGGAGGGAGACAAAGGGGCACAUAGCAUAGCCAUCCAUACCAUCAUCCACCAUACGACUGGCUGGCUAUCUCCACGCAGCAAUCACCAUAGCAGCCACACUUAUCAUCCCAACCACAGGGGAGAGGGCGCCAAUCCGCCGUGUGGCCGCGUCAGGCGGCUGCUGCAGUGCCUCAUUGCAGGGGUAGUCGAGCAGCCCGUCCUGCAUCCCGCCGUAGGGCAUGCAGUUGCCCGUCCCCUCAGGGUCACACUUGCACACAAACGGGUAGUCGUCAGGGAUGACUAUCGUAUACCCCAAAAGCGCCCCCGUCGCGCCACUCGCAAGACCUCCAAGAGCUCCGGCAAGUGAGCCGAUAAUCUUGGACUGAGAUUGCGAUUGAGACUGUGAUUGCGACUUGGCGGCCAGCUGAGACCCCACUUGUGCGAGAGCACCGCUUCCUCUGCUCUCUGCCCUUCUCUCAUUGUUGCCUGACGACGAUAUGCCGUCGAAUGCCGGGCCGAGCACGCCGCCCGGGCCGCCCCAGUAGUCGGCCGCAAUGGCGUAGUACCGGUUGUGCCUUCCCCUUCUGGCGCGGUUUCGGUAGUGCCGUCUCCGGGGUAAAAAUGCGCCGUGCCUUGUCCGCUGACGGAAGAAAGAUGACGUGUCGUUGAAGGAGAAGAGGUCACGCAGUCGGAGGACUGACAGAACGAACAGAGAGAGACACAGAGUGCGUGGAUCGGUCCGGUUCCAGCCACAAAUGGGCAGUAAGAAUGAAUGUUGUGUCGGUGUGUCUCUGUCUCGUGUCGCUCUUGCUUACAUGAGGGGAGGGAUAGAGACAGCCUCUGGCUCCACUGCUCCUCGGCGUCGACAGGCUGCGGCAUGGCCGGCCCCACCUGCCCAGAUGCGUCGAUGAACGCCUGACCAAUGGCAGGAGCCGGCGCACGGCCGUCGUUCCAGCCAAAAUCCUGCUGCUGUGUGCUGCGAUGGGUCGUCCAUGAAGGGGCUUGCUGGUGGGGGUGGUACGGGGCUGAAGUCAACCGAUGAGGCGAAGUUGAGUAGCCCCAAUGUCAGCUGACGAGUCCCUGAUAGUGAGAGAAAUAAAGGGAUACCAAGCAUGCGUGUGUCCUAGGAUGGUUGGUUGCAGUGAGGGAUGCAUGGUCGCAGUAAGUACCUAUUUUGGGGUACAGCGGGGCGUACUCAUGGUCCCUGGUGCUGCCCAGGUCCCUGUCCAGCGACACUGCUGUGCUCAUCCCCACCCCUGCAAUGCGUUGCAAACAACCACACAACAACAACAGGAGAGGGAGUCGACGUACUUGCAGUGCAGUGGCCGUCUGCUUUGUGUGUGGCUGGAGGGGCUGCUCACUCUGAGUGAGGAGAGCCGUGAAGAAGAGGACGAAGGACGCCAUUCGAGG